AUGGCAAAACGUGGAAAUUAUGGAACAUGGUCAGCAGAUCAUAUGGAAAAAGCUUUAAAAGCAUACAAUAAUGGUGAAAAAGGACUAAACCAAUGCAGCCGAGAUUAUGGAAUAUGUGAUAAAUACAAAAUCAAUGCUACCACCAUCUUUAAUGUGGACGAGUCUGGUUUCUCGACUGUAGCUAAGAAAUGUCAGAAAAUUGUGGCCAGGAAAGGUUCAAAAGCUGUCGGAUCAAUCGCAAAGAAAAUAAAGUGUUACUUCUUAUGGAUGGUCACACGACUCAUUGUAAAAACCCUUGCAGCUCUUCUUUUAGCAAGGGAGAAUCGAGUGGUUUUGCUGCAAUUGCCUGGACAUACGACGCACUGCUUACAACCUUUAGAUAAGGCUUUUUUUAAACCAUUGAAGACAAACUGUACACAGGCUUCAGAGAGAUGGUUGAGGAGUAAUCCUGGACGCGCAGUGGCGCAAUAUCAAGUGGCGGAGCUCUUAAAUGCAGCAGAUGGAAAAGCAGCGACCAUUGAGACUGCAAUAAAUGCGUUUAGAUCAUCUGGUGUUUGGCCUGUCAAUGACUCCUAUUUCGUAGCAUCUGAAGUGCUUAGACCUAGUGUAAAUCGGACAAAAGAAGCUUCUAGACUUGGAAAUCAGGAAAGUAGUGAUGAUGACGACAUCCCUCUAUCCAUACUAAAAAUUCAACAGGUUGUACAACUGCCUGCUCUACAUCUGUAG